AAACCAGACACACCCAAGAGAUCUCUUUGAGGUUUCUCAUCAAACACCUUUAGCCAACAACAAUGGCACCUUUGAACAAAGUUCUUUUGCUCCUCACCUUAUUGUUCCUUGCGGUGGAUGCCAAAUACAAAAACAAGAAAGACAAGAAGAACAGUGUUUUUCAUAAGAUUCCCAAAUUUCCAAAAUUUCCAGUUCCUAUCAUUGGAGGUGACCAGAAAGUUGUUGUGGAUGGUGGUAAUAAUGCCAUUGCCAAGCCCGAUUUUGAAACAAACAACCUAGGGCAUUGGGAGUUGAUUAAUAAGCAGUCGGGUGUAUCCGCCAUGCAAAUCAAUUUGAUGCCCAAUAACAAGAUGCUUGUAUAUGAUGCCACCGUUUACCGUACCUCUAGACUCCCAUAUCCAAAAGGGAUGCCAUGUGUUCAAUGGGUUGAUGACAACCUUAAGCAAAGCAAAGAAGAUUGUUUUGCUCAUUCAAUGGAAUACGAUAUUGAGACUAAUCAAGUUCGAGCACUCACGGUAAAGACAGAUCCAUGGUGCUCAUGUGGAGGACUUACACCUGAUGGUACCCUAGUUGUUGCUGGUGGUUUUGCAGACGGAGGGAAAACCUCCAGAUACUAUGGCGGUCAACCUGAUUGCCAAGACUGUGACUGGAGGGAAUACCCCAAUAAAUUGCAAGAGCCUAGAUGGUAUGCUACUCAAGCAAUUCUUGCCAAUGGAGAGUAUAUUGUGAUAGGAGGUCGUAGAUCUUUCAGCUAUGAGUUCUUUCCAAAGGAAGGGCAACCUAGUGACAAACCCAUAUUUUUCCCAUUCCUCUAUGAAACCUCAGACAUUGAUGAAAACAAUCUUUACCCUUUUGUCCACCUUUCUAGUGAUGGCAAUCUCUUCAUCUUUGCCAACAACCGUUCCCUCCUCCUCAACCCUACCACCAACAAAGUGGUCCGCACCUACCCCGUCCUCCCCGGUGGUUCCCGGAACUACCCGGCUUCCGGCAUGUCUUCCAUCCUCCCUAUAAAACUCGAUGGCACUGAGCUAAGUAGUGCCUCCAUCAAGGUAGAGGUCCUUGUAUGUGGUGGCAACAGCCAUGAUAGUUUCAUCUUAGCCGAGACUGAAAAAAUUUUCAAACCAGCCAUCAAAGAUUGUAGUAGAAUGGUGAUCACAGACCCUGACCCUAAAUGGGACAGUGAAGAGAUGCCUUCAGGGAGAACCAUGGGGGAUUCUCUUGUCCUCCCCAAUGGACAAAUCUUGUUCAUCAAUGGUGCACAAAAGGGUACAGCUGCAUGGUGGGAUGCUGAUGAACCUAACUUCACACCAGUAUUGUAUUUCUCUGAAAAACCUAAGGGUCAAAGGUUUAAGGUGUUGAAACCUAGCCAAAUAGCUAGAAUGUACCACUCAACCUCAGCAGUGCUUCCUAGUGGCAAAAUUUGGGUUGGUGGUAGCAACACCCAUGAUACUUACAAGGACAAGGAUAGGUUUCCAACUGAGACUAGGAUUGAGGCUUUCUCUCCUCCUUACUUGGACCCAAAACUAGAUAAAUACCGACCCCAAAUUGUUGAGGAAUCUUCAGAGAAGAAGCUGAUGUAUGGAAAAAACUUUGAGACACAAUUCAAAUUGCAAGACACGAACCAGAAAUUGACCAAGCAAGACAUUAAGGUCUCCAUGUAUUUUCCACCUUUCACCACUCAUGGCUACUCUAUGAACCAAAGGUUGUUGUUUCUUAAGACUUUCAUUGCUCAAAACUCUGAAGGGACUUACAAGGUUACGUCCAAGGCACCAACUUUCCGAGAGGUGGCUCCCCCAGGAUAUUACUUGCUCUUCAUUGUCCAUCGUGGAGUUCCUAGCAAGGGAAUGUGGGUGCAAAUUGGGUAGGAUUAUUACUAGCUCAAUUUCAAGGCACACGUGGAGAUCUUUGAACAUGUUUUUAUUUUAGUUUUUUUUAAUAUCUAGGAAAUCCUCAUUUUUGAAGCACAAAAAAUGGAGGAAGAGAAAGUGGUGUUAUUAUCGCACCCUUUUCUAGUCAUGUAAAAGUUAAAUCAUUUUAGUUCAUGUACAAAUAAUUAGUGUCAGCUUCUACAUGAGAACUAUGUCAUGUAAGGGGGACUUCUUCGAGUAAAGAACAUGAUGCAAAAGAUGUUUUGAUGAA